UUCACUUGGCUCGCACGGCGCAGACGGCGCAGGGAGCACACACCGCCAGUCUGAGCGCAGAGCCGGAGCCAGAAGCCGCCGGGACACCGGGCCAUGCACGCCCGUAACUGAAGCAACACCUCAAAGCCGCAGCUCUGCGGCAGCCCAGCGGAUUACAAGGAGCUCAGACUCAGAGCAACCCUUGGAAGAGACCCCUGAAGUCCCCUCCAGGACAGUCCUCACCCCGACGCCCCGCUAGCGCAGACAGAAACGCGCAGUGGCCCCGGCUCGCCGCACCAUGGAGCGGAUCCCCAGCGCGCAACCACCUCCCGCCUGCCUGCCCAAAGCGCCAGGACUGGAACCUGGAGACCUACCAGGGAUGGAUUUUGCCCACAUGUACCAAGUGUACAAAUCGAGGCGGGGAAUAAAGCGGAGCGACGACAGUAAGGAGACGUACAAACUGCCGCACAGGCUCAUCGAGAAGAAGAGACGUGACCGGAUUAAUGAGUGCAUCGCCCAGCUGAAAGACCUUCUACCCGAACACCUCAAACUUACAACUUUAGGUCACUUGGAAAAAGCAGUGGUUCUUGAACUUACGUUGAAGCAUGUGAAAGCACUAACAAACCUAAUUGAUCAGCAGCAACAGAAAAUCCUUGCCCUGCAGAGUGGUUUACAAGCUGGUGAGCUGUCGGGGAGAAAUGUUGAUGCAGGUCAAGAGAUGUUCUGCUCAGGUUUCCAGACGUGUGCUCGGGAGGUGCUUCAGUACCUGGCCAAGCACGAGAACACUCGGGACCUGAAGUCUUCCCAGCUCGUCACCCACCUCCACCGAGUGGUCUCAGAGCUGCUGCAAGAUGGUACCUCCAGGAAGCCAUCAGACCCAGCUCCUAAAACCAUGGACUUCAAGGAGAAACCUAGCUCCCUGGCCAAAGGCUCAGAAGGGCUUGGGAAAAACUGUGUACCGGUCAUUCAGCGGACUUUCCCUCACUCGAGUGGGGAGCAGAGCGGCAGUGACACAGACACAGACAGUGGCUACGGAGGAGAAUUGGAGAAGGGUGACUUGCGCAGUGAGCAGCCGUACUUCAAAAGUGAUCAUGGACGCAGGUUUGCCACGGGAGAAAGGAUCGGCACUAUUAAGCAAGAAUCCGAAGAACCCCCCACCAAAAAGGGCAGAAUGCAGCUUUCAGAUGAUGAAAGCCAUUUCUCUAGCAGUGACCUGAUCGGCUCCCCAUUCCUGGGCCCACACCCGCACCAGCCUCCUUUUUGCCUACCCUUCUAUCUGAUCCCACCAUCAGCAACUGCCUACCUGCCCAUGCUGGAGAAGUGCUGGUAUCCCACCUCCGUUCCAGUGUUAUACCCAGGUCUCAACGCUUCUGCUGCAGCCCUCACCAGCUUCAUGAACCCAGACAAGAUCUCGGCUCCCUUGCUCAUGCCCCAGAGACUCCCUUCUCCCUUGCCAACCCAUCCGUCCAUCGACUCUUCCGCUCUACUCCAAGCUCUGAAGCAGAUCCCCCCUUUAAACUUGGAAACCAAAGACUAAAUUCUUUAGGGGACCCUGCUGCUUUGCUUUCCUUCCUCCCUUCCUUCAAAAAAAAAAAAAAGUUUUUA